GCGCGCGCGCUCGCCCUUUGCUUCUCUGGUUCCUCCUGCUGUGUCGGUUGUUUUGUGAGGAGGAGCAGCAGCGGCUCAAUGACUGAAGGCGAGUGGGGAGCGCCUAGCCGCCGCCAUCACCGCCGCCGUCCCAUCAGCAGAGCCCCCCCAGUUGGCUUGCAUCUGAGGAAGACGUAGAGAGCCGCUCCUUAUCGAGAUGUGGUGAGGCAAGGCAGGAAAGACCCUCCCCCCCUCACACACCUCUGCUUCGCAACCCCUCCCCCAAACUUCGGGACAGAGGACGGGAAGGAGGAGGAUUCGAAGUUGCCGCGCCCCGAAAGGGUGCUUGGACAGAGCCCGACACCGGAGUAGCUUCUUGGUCCUGCUGAUAGAACAGAACAACCAUGUUUCGGAACAGUCUCAAGAUGCUUCUUACAGGUGGUAAAUCAAACCGUAAGAACAGAUCCAGUGAUGGAGGAAGCGAGGAGCCACAAGACCGAAGGCAGGCAAGCAUAGAUUAUUGUCAGAGUCAUUCUGGACAAGGUGGCAGUUGUGCAGAGAACGAUUGUGCUUUUGAACCAGAGUAUGCUAUCCCAACACUCACAGUGCCUGAAGGUAUGCAGCACAUUCGAAUUAUGGAAGGCAUGUCCCGCUCUCUCCCAUCUUCCCCAUUACUAACACAUCAAUCUAUCAGUGUUCGACUGCAGCCUAUGAAGAAAUUGACUGCUCCAUUAAGGAAAGCCAAAUUUGUUGAGAGCCCCCGAAUUCCAGAAUCUGAGCUUGGCUCACCAACACUCAAUUCAACACCAAAACUGGAUCUUGAUGCCUACUGUCCUGGUGAAACUGAACAGGAGCUGGGACCUCCUCCCUCUGUAGAUGAGGCAGCAAACACACUCAUGACUCGCCUGGGCUUUCUCCUGGGAGAAAAAGUCACUGAGAUACAGGCAGGGAAUCAGUAUAACAUGGAAGGACAGGAAGACAAUCAGACUUCAGCAGUGUCCCAGCGGAUAAGUCCCUGUUCCACACUGACCAGCAGUACUGCUUCACCACCUGCCAGUAGCCCUUGUUCCACCCUCCCUCAAACUAGUGCUAAGGAUGUUAUAGCAAAGGACUGCAAUUAUGGAGCUGUCACAAGUCCUACAUCUACUCUUGAAAGCAGGGAUAGUGGCAUCAUAGCAACUUUGACAAGUUAUUCUGAAAAUGUGGAUCGUGCUAAAUAUGGAGGAGAAAGUAGUAAGGAAUUAGGAUCUGGAGGAAACCUGAAGCCUUGGCAAUCUCAAAAAUCCAAUAUAGACUCCUGUUUAUAUAGAGUAGAUGAAAACAUGACAGCUUCUACAUACAGUUUGAAUAAAAUCCCUGACCGGAAUCUAGAGACUGUUUUAUCUCAGUCAGUACAAUCCAUUCCACUUUAUCUCAUGCCACGGCCCAAUUCUGUAGCAGCCACCAGCUCAGCCCACUUGGAAGAUCUAGCUUACUUAGAUGAACAGAGGCAUGCUCCUCUACGAACAUCUCUCAGGAUGCCUCGUCAAAGUAUGGCUGGUACUCGCACACAACAGGAUCUAAGAGUUCGUUUUGCGCCUUACAGACCUCCUGACAUCUCUUUGAAACCACUGCUUUUUGAGGUACCUAGCAUCACCACAGAGUCUGUGUUUGUUGGCCGGGAUUGGGUGUUCCAGGAGAUUGAUGUACAUUUACAGAGUACUGAUGCCAAUGUGAACAGAGGUGUGGUGAUAGUUGGAAAUAUUGGCUUUGGCAAGACAGCAAUCAUUUCUAGGCUGGUUGCACUGAGUUGUCAUGGCACACGGAUGAGGCAGAUUGCUUCGGACAGCCCCCAUGCAUCCCCAAAACACAUUGAUGCAAAUCGAGAACUUUCCCUUACUCAGCAACCCUCUGCCCACCCGUCCAUUACCAGUGGGAGUUGUCCUGGAACUCCAGAAAUGCGCAGACGCCAAGAAGAAGCUAUGCGAAGACUUGCUGCUCAGGUUGUUGCAUAUCACUAUUGUCAAGCUGAUAAUGCCUACACCUGUCUGGUGCCAGAAUUUGUACACAAUGUAGCAGCCUUGCUCUGCCGUUCACCCCAGUUUGUUGCAUAUAGAGAGCAACUAUUGCGUGAACCACAUCUACAAAGCAUGCUUAGUUUGCGAUCCUGUGUUCAAGAUCCUCUUGCAUCUUUCCGGAGGGGAGUCUUAGAACCGUUGGAAAGCCUUCAUAAAGAACGGAAGAUCCCAAAUGAAGAUUUCAUCAUAUUGAUUGAUGGCUUAAAUGAAGCUGAAUUUCACAAACCAGAUUAUGGGGAUACAAUUGUAUCAUUUCUCAGCAAAACCAUUGGAAAAUUUCCAUCCUGGUUGAAGCUAAUAGUAACAGUUAGAACAAGUCUACAGGAAAUAAUAAAGUUAUUGCCCUUCCAUAGGAUAUUCCUGGAUAGACUAGAAGAAAAUGAAGCUAUAGAUCAAGAUCUCCAAGCCUAUAUAUUACACCGAAUACAGAGCAGCUCGGAAAUACAAAAUAAUAUCUCUCUUAAUGGCAAAAUGGACAAUACAACCUUUGGCAAACUCAGUUCGCAUCUCAAAACCCUGAGUCAAGGAUCAUACCUAUACCUUAAGCUCACAUUUGAUCUAAUUGAGAAGGGCUAUUUGGUGUUAAAAAGCUCCAGUUAUAAGGUAGUGCCUGUCUCCCUUUCAGAAGUAUAUCUACUGCAGUGCAAUAUGAAGUUCCCAACACAGUCUUCCUUUGACCGGGUAAUGCCUCUUUUGAAUGUGGCAGUGGCAUCUCUACAUCCUUUGACAGAUGAGCAUAUUUUUCAGGCUAUCAAUGCUGGGAGUAUUGAAGGUACUUUAGAAUGGGAGGACUUUCAGCAAAGAAUGGAAAAUCUUUCUAUGUUUCUUAUCAGACGCAGAGAUAUGACCCGAAUGUUUGUACAUCCUUCAUUUCGAGAAUGGCUGAUUUGGAGAGACGAAGGAGAAAAGAUCAAGUUUCUUUGUGAUCCUAGGAGCGGUCAUACUUUACUUGCCUUUUGGUUUUCCCGUCAAGAGGGAAAACUCAAUAGGCAGCAGACAAUUGAGUUGGGCCAUCAUAUUCUCAAAGCACACAUCUUUAAGGGGCUUAGUAAAAAAGUUGGUGUUUCUUCCUCAAUUCUUCAAGGGCUUUGGAUUUCUUAUAGCUCAGAAGGUCUUUCCAUGGCACUGGCCUCUCUGCGCAAUUUGUAUACACCCAAUAUAAAGGUCAGUCGUCUGCUGAUCUUGGGAGGUGCCAACAUCAAUUACAGGACUGAAGUGCUAAACAAUGCCCCAAUUUUGUGUGUCCAGUCUCACCUUGGUUACUCUGAGAUGGUAGCCUUGCUGUUGGAGUUUGGAGCAAACGUUGAUGCCUCUUCUGAAAGUGGCUUAACAUCUCUUGGUUAUGCUGCUGCUGCUGGAUAUUUAAGCAUUGUGGCACUUUUAUGCAAGAAGAGAGCCAAGGUGGAUCACUUGGACAAGAAUGGUCAGUGUGCAUUGGUACAUGCAGCUCUUAGAGGCCACCUGGAGGUUGUCAAAUUUUUGAUUCAGUGUGACUGGACAAUGGCUGGACAGCUACAAGGAGUGUUCAAAAAAAGCCAGGCCAUUCAACAAGCACUCAUUGCUGCUGCUAGCAUGGGAUAUACUGAGAUUGUGUCCUACCUGCUUGAUCUCCCAGAAAAAGAUGAAGAGGAGGUGGAGCGAGCACAAAUCAACAGUUUUGACAGCCUUUGGGGAGAGACAGCUCUAACUGCUGCAGCAGGAAGAGGCAAGUUGGAUGUUUGCCGUCUGCUUCUAGAGCAAGGAGCAGCUGUAGCCCAGCCCAACCGACGAGGGAUUGUUCCUUUAUUCAGUGCCGUUAGGCAAGGCCAUUGGCAGAUUGUCGAUCUCUUGCUCACCCAUGGUGCAGAUGUUAAUAUGGCAGAUAAACAAGGUCGGACUCCUCUAAUGAUGGCAGCUUCAGAGGGGCAUUUGGGCACUGUGGAGUUCUUAUUGGGACAAGGCUCCUCAAUUUCUUUAAUGGACAAAGAAGGACUAACUGCUCUUAGCUGGGCUUGCCUAAAAGGCCAUCUUUCGGUAGUGCGAGCUUUGGUAGAAAGUGGAGCUGCUACAGAUCACGCUGACAAAAAUGGGCGUACUCCAUUGGAUUUAGCAGCUUUUUAUGGAGAUGCAGAGGUGGUUCAGUUCCUGGUGGAUCAUGGUGCCAUGAUUGAGCAUGUGGAUUACAGUGGGAUGCGCCCCCUCGAUAGGGCAGUGGGCUGCCGCAAUACUUCUGUUGUAGUUACUCUCUUGAAGAAAGGAGCCAAGAUAGGUCCAGCAACAUGGGCAAUGGCCACUUCCAAACCAGACAUCAUGGUCAUCCUGUUGAGCAAAUUGAUGGAGGAGGGAGACAUGUUUUACAAGAAAGGGAAAGUGAAAGAAGCUGCCCAACGGUAUCAGUAUGCUUUGAAGAAGUUUCCCCGAGAAGGGUUUGGAGAAGAUCUAAAAACUUUCCGGGAACUGAAGGUGUCACUCCUUCUCAACUUAUCACGCUGUCGGAGGAAAAUGAAUGAUUUUGGAAUGGCGGAGGAAUUUGCUACUAAAGCACUGGAGCUGAAACCGAAAUCUUAUGAAGCUUACUAUGCAAGAGCAAGGGCCAAACGCAGCAGCAGGCAGUUUUCAGCAGCACUGGAGGAUUUGAAUGAGGCCAUCAAACUUUGUCCAAACAACCGUGAAAUCCAGCGGCUCCUUUUGCGGGUAGAAGAAGAGUGCAGACAGACACAGGUGCAACUACAACAACAACCCCUUGCAGCAUCUGAAUCAGAAACACAGCAAGAAGAAUUGUACGCAGUACAAGAUAUCUUGGAAGAAGAAUAUCUUGAGCAAGAUGUAGAAAAUAUUUCUGUUGGCUUGCAGACAGAGUCACAACCUAGCCCAACAUUGCCCAUUAUCCAAAGUCCACCAUCUUCACCUGCCCACCGGGACUCUGCCUACAUCUCCAAUUCACCACUUGGUUCACAUCAGGUCUUCGACUUCAGAUCAAAUAAUUCUGUAGGAUCACCAACAAGGCAAGGAUAUCAACCCACCUCACCAGCACUUUCUCCAACGCACCAGAAUUCUCAUUAUAGGCCUAGUCCACCACACACAUCUCCUGCGCAUCAGCCCUCCUCUUACCGUUUUAGUCCACCACCAAUUGGUAGCCAAGGGAAGGAUUAUCAAAGCCCACCUCCUUCACCCCUUCGUAGAGGCCCUCAGUAUCGAGCCAGUCCUCCUGCAGAUAGUGUGAGUGUCUACAGAGCUCAGUCCAGUUCACCAGUACGAUACCAGCAAGAAUCCAACAUCACUCAACUUCCUAGUCGGCCCAAGUCUCCACUUUCUAAAAUGACACAGAGAUCUUUCCAGAUGCUUCCACUACCUGUUGCAGUUCCACAGCAAGGACUUAGGUUGCAACCUGCCAAGGCACAGAUUGUCAGAAGCAACCAGCCAAGUUCAGCUGGGCAUUGUAGUACUGUCAUCCCAACAGGAACAUAUGGCCAAGUAUCCCAUUCUGUGGCCAACAAGUUUCAGUCUUCACUAGCAGAAAUGGCUGGGGGCCAAAAUCGGUUGGUGUAUCAGACUUCUAUUGGAGGAAUAGUGGGAGAUGGGCGACCUGUGCAGCAUGUUCAAGCCAGUCUGAGUGCAGGAGCAAUCUGUCAGCAUGGAGGUCUGACUAAAGAGGAUCUUCCACAAAGACCUUCCUCUGCUUAUCGUGGAGGGAUGAGAUAUAGUCAAACCCCACAGAUUGGACGGAGCCAGUCAGCUUCCUACUAUCCAGUCUGUCAUGCAAAGCUUGAUUUGGAACGUUCCUCUCUACCCUCUAGUCAGCUUGGUUCUCCUGACAUUUCCCAUUUGAUACGAAGGCCCAUUACAGUAAAUUCCAAUGAAAUAAAGCCUCAUCCACCAACUCCAAGACCUCUACUACAUUCUCAAAGUGUUGGUCUCAGAUUUUCCCCUUCUAGCAGUAGCAUUUCCUCUACUCCCAAUUUGACUCCCCCAUUCCGACCUUCUGCUUCUGUUCAACAGAUGGAGAUUCCGCUUAAGCCAGCAUAUGACAGAUCAUGUGAUGAGCUUUCCCCAGUAUCUCCAACCCAAGGUGGUUAUCCCAGUGAACCUGCUCGCUCCAGGACCACACCUUUCAUGGGAAUCAUAGAUAAAACAGCCCGGACUCAGCAGUAUCCUCACCUACACCAACAAAACAGAACCUGGGCUGUAUCUUCAGUGGAUACCAUUAUAAGCCCUACAUCUCCUGGAAAUCUUCCUCAGCCAGAAACAUUCAGCCCACCUUCUUCAGUCAGCAGCCUUGCCUUUUAUAACAAAACUAACAAUGCACAGAAUGGCCACUUGUUGGAGGAUGACUAUUACAGUCCACACGGGAUUUUGGCCAAUGGCUCCAGAGGAGAUCUUCUAGAAAGAGUUAGCCAAACUUCUUCAUAUCCUGAUGUUAAGGUGGCCAGGACACUGCCUGUUGCACAGGCAUAUCAGGACAACAUCUAUAGGCAACUUUCCAGAGACUCCAGGCAAGGGCAGACAUCCCCAAUCAAACCAAAGAGACCAUUUGUGGAGUCUAAUGUUUAAAAUGGAUGUGUCUUGGAGUAAGAGCCUUUUAUUUUUUAGCACAUUUUUCCUGGCUGAAUUCACAUCUUAUGUUGCUGUUUUUUCUUCCUUUCUAAGAUUUGUAUUUACUAGAAGACUACCACCCAGGGGAUAUCCUGUGUUUUCUGUAUGAUAAUGAGGCAGUCCAAGACAUGCUCCAAAUUCUCUUCUAUACACAGCUGACCUCAGAGAAAGCCAGCACCAUACAAUUUUCAGCUGCCAAUUAGUUAAUUAAAUGUACAGUAUGGGGGCUGAGUCAAAUUCUGCACACCCUCAAGGGAAGUAACCAGCUCUUUGAAGAAAAGUUUUAAUUUCAGAAUUUAAUUUAUUUAAAUACAGUCUGACCAUUUUUUGUGAACUGACGUUUCUUUUUCCUGGGAAAUUAUACUUUUCAGUUGGUGUAGAUCAUUAUGUCCAAAGAGCUAUUAAUUUGUGAGAAUGAGGGAUCUUUGCUUUUAGUAUUAACAAAGAGCUAUGCAUAAAACCCAGUCUGCUUUCUGAUAGGGUUGCACUUUUUAAAAAAAAAAAAAUUAUUUAUUCUUAGCAUCUUCCCUUACCCUUCGGUUGAUACUAGGUUUGAAAAACAAUUUGUUACUUUUUCCAAGGCAUUGAACAAAUAUUUAGGGAGAAAUUAAAGUUCUCUUCACUUCAGCCCAACAGUCAGUGCUGAUUUCAUUCUGUAUCUUAGAUAUCCAGUUAAUUUUCAAGUGCAUAUCUUCCUGUUGGAACAAAUCACAUUGUAGACAUGUUGAUAAUCAGUAAAAUUCAUUUUUAAAAAGAAUUAAUCAAAUGUUUAAAUCAUUGGCUCUUCAGAUACUGGAUUAUACUUCACAUCAUCUCUGAUCAUUGUUUAUGUUUCCUAGGGGUGUUGGAGCAUUAUCUGAGUAUCUAAAAUUAGAAAACCCUAUUUUAAAUCAUAAAAGAAGAACUGACUGAAUGGUAGUUUUAAUUCCCCGGGCCUAAGUUUAGCUUCCUAGACUACACAUGGGCAGUUUUUCCUGCAUAAUGCUUUUGAAGUGAAACACUUAGAACAAGUGAAACCUUUUUUUCUCUAGUUUUGGCAUAAUAUAAUUUAGACUAUUUUGGAGUAAUUUGUUGUUGAGUUAUAUGGCUUGGUGUUAGAAGUUGGGCUGCUUUUCCAAUCCAAAUGAAAAAGGCUGACUGAUUAAUAAUUCCUGCAAGAUAAUGAAAACAGUGAUUUCAAGGGAGAAAAUAAUAAUGUAGCAAACACUUUAUACAAAUAUUCUCAAUCCAUACUAUUUCCAGGAAGCACUUUAAAUUAGCUCAAAAAAACCUGGAGUUGGGAAGGUGCCAGGAAAUCCAGUGAUGGAGAAUAUUCUAUGAAUUAAUAUGUGAAUCAAGAAACCAAUGGUAUGGAGAGCUCAUCUCCAGAGCAGAAACACAAAUCAGGCCAAAAAAGAAAUAACAUUUUGCCUUUUCUGCAUUUUGAUCAUUCAGAGGAUAAAUUGGCCUUAUCUUCUAAAAAUCAUAUUUUGUAAAAAAAAAAAAAGGGGGGGGGUCUUCAUAUAGUUGCAUAGAAGUAAAUAGCUAGCAUCCUGACCCUUUAAUUUUUCUUCAUUAUUUUUUUCAAACUAUCCUAAUGGUUUUAAAAUACAGAACACCUUACACUCUGCUUUAUGACACUAUUUUUUUAAAAAAUGCUGUAUUCAGGAGUUCCUUCAUAUGAAUUGAAGGGUAUGAUAAAAGACGUUUUUCCUGUCUCCUGACAGAGCUCAGAAAAGCAAAGAGAUCAAUGUAACAAUUUUAAUCACUAUUUUCUCUAGUCAUUUCUUGUAUCCUUAUUGUAAACUGCCAUAUUUCUCUAAGUGAAAUGUAGCAUUUCCAAAAGUUACAGGUAGUCCUUGACUUACAUUCAUUUAGUGACCAGUUACAAUAGCACUGAAAAAUAUGACUUUUUCACAAGACUGUUGCAGCAUCCCCAUGAUCAUGUGAUCGAAAUUUGACACUUGGCAACUGGCAAGUAUUUAUGAUGGUUGCAGUGUUCUUGGAUCACGUGAUCUCCCUUUGCAACUUUCUGACAAGCAAAGUCAAUGAGGAAGUCAGAUUCACUUAACAAUUGUAUUACUAGUAUAACUAAUAACUAACUGCAGUGACUUUACUUCAUAACCAUGGCAAGAAAGAUAGUAAAAUGGAGCAAAACUCACUUAGCAAUGGAAAUUUUGGGAUCAAUUAUGGUCAUAAAUCUAGGAUUACCUGAACUUUUACUUUGAUUUUGAUAGUUUCUAACUUUUUGCUCGUAUUUUUUCCCUCCUGAAUUGGUCACUGUACAAAAUUUGCUUGCUAAAUAGAAAAUUGCUAAUCUGAUUGAUUCAUGCUAUGGCAUGCUGGUGUCAAAGAAUCUCAGAUGUUUGCUAAUGCUUUUUUUCAAAGAGCUGGGGGCAUUCUUCAGUUUUUAUUUAAUUGAGUGAAACCAACAAUAGUGUUCUCUUUUCUUUCAGUGUGAAUGUGUAUGUAUGAUGCAGGAGUGUGAGAGAAGUGAAGGAAAAGUUUCAUAAACAAUCUAAAGAUGCAACUCUAUAUUUACUUUUUUAAAAUUAUCAGAAUAGACAAAGCCACUGCUGUUUUUCUCAUAUAUUUCUUUUAUCUCCUAGAUGGUUUGGAUUCUGGGUCUUGUAAAACUUUCCUCCUGCUUUAUGAAAAAUGGUUAUUUUCAAUUUUAAACUCUUUAAAACUGGAAUUUGCAUCAACAAAGUUGUGUUUAUCAGUGAUUUAUUUUGAAAACAUUUUUGCACUUGUCUGGCUUAUAUCUUGGAAAAGCUAGAACCUAUUUUCUCACAAUAGGCAGAGGAGGGUCAGAUUGUUAUGUUCUGAUUUUGAGCCUUUAUAUAGUCGCUUGUACCACAGUGCACGUGAUCAACAUAAGUGCACUGAGAUACUAGCCACUCUUUCCUGAUAAAUAAAGUUAAAAAUAAUUAAUAAACCAUCUCUGUCAUAUGGAAGGUGGAAUCAUAAUGCAACUAACUUGAUAAUUUCAAGAUUUUAAUAUUAAUGAAUGAAAGUUCAUAGUUUUGGAUUUGGCUCCAUUUUCACUGUCACAGGAUUCACUGUACCAUAAUUGUUUACAUUUAGCAGUUAGUAAAAGAAAUGGCAUAUUCAUCCAAAAUGAGGUAUCUAUUACUGCUGUUGGGCAAAAAAAAUUUCUGUCCCUUCUUAACAGUACUGUGUUGUGAUUUCACAAGAUUCUUGCACUGAUGGAUUUGCCACCUGUUCUCUGUAAAUUGGGUGCAGUUUAUAGUUGCAUUUGUUUCUAUGAUCAGUAAUGGUUAUUUAAACAUAAAUGAUACCAACAUUACAAAAAGCUCUUGUCGUUCAGUAUAUAUUUUUUAAAAAAGAAGCAAUGAUUCAAGGUAUACAGCACAAUUACUGACAUUGUAUAUAAGCCUCAAAAGUUGAAAUCAUUUUUAGUACAAAGAGAAACACAUGCUGUGUUCCAGCAAUUCUCUUUAGGUGCAUCUGAGGCUUAAUUAUUGUGCUUUUAGUUACCAAAUAACCAUCUCACAUGAAAUAAAAGACACAUUUCUCUGAAGAUCUGCCAGAGAAGAAUUCCCUCUGGAUUUGUUCUCAGCUUAGUUCUUUAUUGCUUAUCAUAUACUGUCUUGAGAUAUAACACAGCACAAAAUAAUAUAUUUAAUUGUCUUUUAAUUCAUCUUUCAAAUGAUUUUUUUCCCUACUCAGGAUAGUUAAGAGAGAGUGGCUAAUACCACAUCACAGAUUGAUCUGCCAUGCUGCUUUUUUGUUUGUUUAAAGACAUGCAAAAGUAUUGUACUAAUAUUUUUUUAUUUAUACAUGUGUGCACAUCACAUGCCUAAGCUGGAGUUUCAGAACUAUUUUCUAUGAAAUCAACAUACCAAAUAAAUCACAGCCUCAAGUCCUAUAUGACUUUUACUGUGAAUGUAUGCUUGCUUUACCAAAUCCACCACAUGGUGUUACUCGGGCUUUGCAGAAAGUUUUUUUGCUCACUGGAUAUUUUCGUGAACAAAAAUCUAGAUGCUAAUUUAUUAUGCAUCUGGCUGUCAAAGAUGUACCAGCUGAUUCUAGUACAAAUAUGAAGCCUAAGCAGUCUUAAACAAAAUUGAAUUCUUUAUCCCUUUCCUAAGAUCAUUACAAAAAUUACCUCUCCAAAAUCAUCAACAGAGGCUUCCUAUUAAAUGUAAAACAGCUUAACUGGCAGAAAGAGGAAACUACUUCCUCUCUCUGUCUUCACUGGUCCAUCUUAACAUAUUAAAAAAUGGGCAUGUUAAUUGCAUUCACACAUUAAUUUUGUCUUGUUUGGCCCCUGAAUUUGCUUUCUAGAGGACUUUGGAGACUUAGUACUGUAAUGCUGACUUCUAAGAAUUUGAAACAAUUAGGUAAGCUGGGUCCAAGUAAGAUUGCUAUCAGGUCCUAAGAAUCAUGUAGAAAUCUUAAUACAUGUUAAGUUUGGCUUGGCUCCAGGGGAGAGAGUUGCUAGCUUGGUAAAUGGCUCAAUUAUUUAUUCUUAUAUCAAAAAGUUUCUUUGAGGCUCUCAAAAAUAUCGAAUAUCUGAAAUAUAAAUUAUUUUACUGUUUAGUAGAAGUAGAAACUAUCAUGGGGAGGGCAAAGAGGGAAGGUAGUAUGUUUAUUUUUUCAAAUUUUAUUACAAAAUGUGCUAAAAGAAGGAACAAAAAUGCAUCCAUUUUGAAAUUCCAAGCUGUUCACUUGGCCUUAGACAGGAGUUAACAAGUUUCUACUGUUCAUGAUCAUCUAAUAAAAACCGAAGUGCCAGCUUUUCUGCACCUUACAUUUAAAAAAAAAACAAACACUUUGUGCCUAGAAAUUUCUCUUCUCUCCUUAAGGUAGCCCAUAGUAAUUUCUUGAAUGGAAAGCUGCAUCUCUCUCCCCAUCUCGCGUUACUUAACACUGGAGUUUCAGGACCUUCAGCUAUUUAGAGUUCAGCUUUUUAAAAGGGCUUAGAGGGGUCAAAACCUAAUAUACUUCUUUUUACAUGUUGAUGCCUUCACUGAAUUUAUGGUUGCUGUGAAAAGGGAAGGACAAACCUAAGGCACAAGCACAAAGGGGUAGAUAGCUAAACUGCGCCACCCCUCCCUAAUUACUUGAAUAUAAUUGUUGGAUUAUUAUUGUUCCCCUAACAAGAAAAAUCAUAUUAAGGGCUGAAAUUUCAUAGCAGACUAUUUUGUGUAGUGGUAACUGAAUUAACAUAGAACCUCAACACAGUAUUAUCUAAUUGGUAUUUCAGAUUAGGACCUUGAUAUAAUGUAUGAAUACGCACUUGCUUGAAAUGCAGAGAGAAAUGCUUUUGCAUUUCAAACAAGUGCAUAUUCAAGAGACUUUUAAUAAAAUGGAAUGAGCUUCUACACUUUUCUGCUUGCUUGGAAGUCUUACUUGGAAGUAAAAAAAAGGGGGGGGACACACUUAGAUGCUUUUUGCUUGUUGCUAUCACAAAGACUAUGAGAGAACUGAGGCAGUUUGACUUUGUUCCACCUGAACAUUUACCAGACUUUGAGAUCAUUUCCUACCAUAUUUACUGUUACUAAUCAUUCUACAGAGUGCAAGGCAUUAAUAUGUUUAGAUAGAAGAUAUGUUUUCAGGGAAUGACUGUUUUGCUUUUAAAUAUGUUUCUCAUAACAAUUUCUUUCCCAUGAAAAUUGAGAUAUUUUGCCUGCCUUGUCUGCCUCUGUACAGCAACACACAUUCCUUUGUAUUCAAUCUUUCUGGUUUGCCAACUUGCUGGAAAGAUACCGAGUUCUUUUCCUUUUCCUUUUUUCUAUCAGACUGAUGUAAAGAAUUUUCCUGUACAGUAUAAUAUUCAAUUGCAUGUUCUGUUCUCUUACGGAUAUAUUGAAUCACCACACAGUUGUGAUCUUUUAUUGCAGGGAUGCUGCACAAAUCCCUGCAAUCGGUUAAGACUUUUGGCCACCCCUGUAUAAAGGAAAGAAAUAUGUUUCUUUCCCUUCACUGUAUUUGCUUGAGCAGAGUUUUAUUGUCUGUACAUGUAAGCUGUGAGAUAGACGUGGAAAAAGUUCAAAAAGAAUGCAUUAUCCUCAGCCCCUCCCUAAUGUAUACAGAUUGUAACCUGUACAAUGAACUGUAUGUAUUAAAAUGUACUUAUUUAUAAAUGGUUAAUACUUGGAAA